AUGCGACACCACCAAAUGUCAGAAAACUCGAUUGACGACGAGCCGGACGAAUGGGACCAGCGGAUCUUGAAAACAGGCUGCUAUGAAGAAAACCUUGCGUUGCAGCUUUGCCACGCAGACAAGGGCGAUUGGAGACAAUGUUUGGGCGAGAUGGAGGCGUUUCGGAAAUGCUGGGACGGCAACAAAAACAACGAGCGAACCAGCACGGUGGAGAACACCGAACGGGAGAUUUAG